AUGUCGGGGGCGCAUUCCCACCGACACCCUGUCGUAGGGGCGAAGAAUAGACAAACGCCGGGGCUCCCGCCAGCCCCGACAUCGCAGCCUGUAGGCUACUUGCAGGAGAACAUUCCCAAGUCGUUUCAAGGAGAAAACCAAGUUCACAGAGCUCCCAGCCCCGGGAGUGACCCGGGGAGACUCCUUCUCUGGACCAGACGGAGCAAGGGGUACAGCCCCGUGGCCACAGCGGGCACCAGCGAGGUGGAGCCCCAGCCGGGUCUCCCCGCGUCCCCCACGCACCUCGCCAGCUCCUGCCAACUUGCGAGGAGCGAAGUCCAGGCAGAGGGAGACGGGGGCGACCUUACGGAGGCGGCCGGCCAGGCAGUCCUCCCGGGGUCCGCUGGAGGAGGAGGAAGGGGCGGCCGAGCGGGCGCGCGGGUGCGGGGAGCCCGGGCGGCAGGCGGGCUUGCCCACUGGCUCCCACUACCACCACCCCCCCCCCCCCGCCCCAGCCGCCCCGAACCCCUGGAGAGCCAGAACUUGCGAGGCCGGCUUCGCCCGGGCCACUUUGGCAGCCCCCCGGGGUCCGGGGAAAGUCCCGGGGACCGGCCGAGCCGCCCCGACCCGCCGUGCCACAUCCCGGAGCAGGCGGCGUCGCUCGCCACGGCGCAGGUGCAGCCCCAGUCGGGCUCCUUCCUCCCCGGCAGCCCACCGCGCCCCGCCGAAACACGGAGAGCGCGUCGUGCCGGCCGCGGGAAGGGGAAGGAGGGGAGGGGGAGACAGGGCGGUGGGGAGGCCACGGCAGCCCGGGUCCCGGGCGUCCGCGAUGGAGCCCCCCGCCGGCCGGCGCCGGCCCCGGCACCCUGCCCGCCCCCGAACGCGCCCCCGCGCCCGCGAGCGGGGCCCUCGCAGGGCUCGCCCGCGUCCCCCGGCAGCAGGCGAGCCCGCCUUACCCUUGGCCGCAGCGAGGAGCCCCGCGCACAGCACCAGCAGCGCCGGGAGCAGGAGCGGCCGCUCGCGUCUCCUCCGCGCAGUCAUGUCUGCAGAUAG